AUGAGUCAAGCCUGCCCGGGUUUGUCAUGGAGCCGGGUGGUUGGUGUUUACGGCAGCGAUGGCCAACUUUACCUGGCCGGUCAGUUCUCGGCAAACCUGGCCGCUGACUCGACUUCUUCAGUUGACACUAAGGCCCGACGGUUUUCACAGCCUGGCUUGAUUAGACUUGAUCCUAGGACAUUAGCUUCUAAUGCUUCGUUGGCUGGCUUGUCUGGUAGAUCGCUCAAGUCUCCUAACAACGACGAUUACUUUAUGAACUCCGGUAAGUUAGGGAGGCAAUAA